UUUUUUUUUUAAUAGAUAGGAGAGUAAUUACAUUAUGAGAAAUAUGUACAUUAUCAAACAGACCACUAAUCCAUAAUAGAUAGAAAAUCAACAAAAUCUAACAAGCAAUCCAUCAAGCCAAGCCCAACAAUCAUUAUUAAUCACAUAUAACCCCCAUUUUUUUUUUUUAUCAACGCACAAUCCCAUAAUGGGGGAGGAAUUAAUCAAACACCAUAAAGAUAUCAAACUCCUCUCCAUAAAAGUUGAACCCAAAAUCUCACGCCAUAAAAGCCCUACACAAUCAUUGAAAUAUUGUGUUUAGAUAGAUAUCUUGAUUCAUUUGGUGAGCAUGCAGAAUUGGAAUAUAAGAAAAGAAUAAUUUUGCUGUUGAAAGGUCUAUUCAAGAGUCUUGUAAUAAUAGAAGUCUUAGUAGGUGAAGAUAAAUAAAUUCAACGGUAAAGAAAACCUUUCACAACAGACAAAAAUAAGAUAAAUUCAACAAAAAUAUAUAUAUAUAUAUAUAUUGUUCACUCACCCUUUAUAUAUAUAUGGAUGAAUAUGCAUAUGUACGUAGAUAAAAAGAGUUAUAAAUGGUGUGGCCUUAAAAGUUUGUUGUUGUUUGGAAAGUCCUCUUGACUGUCAUCCUUCUCUUGGUUUUUGAGGUGUCUGUAAGCGAAUUAGCUGAUAUUUGGAGGCCUCUCUUUCCUGACAGGAUUUCCACUAAUUUUACAAGAUAUGAUGUCGAAUGCAAGUGUUGAUCCUGUCUCCCUUCACUUAGAUGAAAAGUUUACUCACCUAUCUGGUACAGACUUCGAGUGUUAUAUCUACAAAGUGCAUGAUCGACUACGUUGGCAAAAUGAAAAGUUAUAUGAACCAGAAAUAAUGGCUAUAGGACCAUAUCACCAUGGUAAAGACAACCUACAAUGGAUGGAAGAACACAAAUUACGGUAUCUGCGAUUGCUUCUUAAACGAAGAAAUGAGACUAGUGUGGAUAGAUACAUAGUAGCCAUGAGAGAUUUGCAAGAACAAGCACUUAGGUGUUAUGCAGACUCUGUAUGGCUUAACAAAGAUGAGUUUGUGAAAAUGAUGCUUCUUGACAGCUGCUUUCUUGUUGAGUUGUUUCGCAAAUUUACCAUAACAAGUAUGAGAGAUAGAAAUGACCCGCUCUUCAAAAUUGAUUGGAUACUUCCAAGUAUAUUGCGCGACUUAUUGUUAUUUGAAAAUCAACUUCCAUUCUUUGUUCUUGUGCAGUUGUUCGAUAUGACCAAAGUUCUCGACCCUCAUGACAAUAUCACUGAUUUAGCCAUUCAAUACUAUUGUUUUGUCGGUAAAUAUUUUUCAUAUAAUGCAUGGCCAGGUUUUGAAAAGAUUUUAUAUGCUUAUAAUGGAAUUUCAGCUUGUGGUGUGAAACAUUUUAUUGGUCUGGCACACCAAAUUACAUCUUUUUCGCUCUCAAAAUCAAUACCUUUAACAAGUGUCGUUGGAGACAAGAAUAAGAUAUGGGAACACAUACAUUGUGCCACAGAGCUACAUGAAGUUGGGAUCAAGUUCAAGAAAUCUAAGCAUGAUACACUCUUUUAUAAUGUAAAAUUUAAAAAUGGGGUAUUAGAAGUCCCGAGAUUCGUCAUACAUGAGAAGACAGAAAGUGUUUUUAGAAAUCUAAUUGCAUACGAGCAACAUCAUCUCGAGGAGGACAUUGGCCUCAAAUAUAUAAGUGGUUAUGUAACUUUCCUGUGUUGCCUCAUUAACUCAUCACAGGAUGUCUCCUUGCUUCGUCGCUAUGGAAUUCUCAAAAACAUGUUAGGUAGUGAUGAAGCGGUUGUGUCGAUUCUUAACAAGAUUUCUACUUGUGCCGUUGCACCUCGUGACAAUUUUUAUUACUCUCAAGUAUUUAAAAAUGUAAGCGGGUAUGGUAAACAACGUCGGAACAUAUGGACUACGAUGUUAAGGCGUAAUUAUUUCAACAGCCCAUGGACAAUCAUCUCGUUUCUCGGAGCUAUUGUGUUGCUUCUACUCACUUUGACACAAACAAUGUUUUCCAUUCUAGCUUACUUCUGUAAUAAAGGUUGUUGAGCCCAUGGAAAAACUUUUAUGUAAGAUUAUUUGAAAUCUUGAACUAUAUUCUUAAGAAAGUUGGAAGAAGGUUAUAGCGAUCCCGGUUUUCCCUUCAUUGUUUAUUGUAUUCCGGACUCGGUUCCGCGGAUGUGUUGUUGUCUUCUUCUCAUUUCCA